GAAGGAUGGACUCCCUGGAUCACAUGCUGACAGACCCCCUGGAUCUGGGCCCCUGUGGAGAGGGCAGUGGCUCAGGGAUCAUGGAGGAUUGCAUGCUGGGCACCACCAGGGUCAGCCUGCCCGAGGACCUGCUGGAGGACCCUGACAUCUUCUUCGACGUUGUCAGCUUGUCAACGUGGCAGGAGGUCCUGACAGAUGCCCAGCAAGAGCACCUCAAAAAAUUCCUGCCUCACUUCCCUGAAAACAACAGAGAGCACCAGAACAAGCUCAUCCUGACGCUGUUCAGUGGGGAGAACUUCCGAUUCGGGAAUCCGCUGCACAUCGCCCAGAAACUCUUCCGCGAUGGACACUUCAAUCCGGAGGUGGUGAAGUACAGGCAGCUGUGCUACAAGUCGCAGUACAAGCGGUACCUGCGGUCCCAGCAGCAGUACUUCUGCAGGCUGCUCAAGCAGAUCCUCGCCUCCCGCAACCACCUGCUGGAAUUAGCCAGGAAAGGAGGCCCUGAGAUGACCCUGAAGAGAAAGCACUUCCCACCCACGUACGACUCAGAAGAGCGGGACAGACGGACACAUCGGCGCUACCUGAAGAUCCUGAGGGAAGUGAAGGAGGAGUGUGGGGACACCACCUUGUCUUCUGAUGAAGAAGAACUAAUCUCUUGGCCUCCAAGUUCUCCAGCACGUUGUUCAAGUCCACCAGUUCCCCUGAGAGUGAUCCCCACAUUGUCAACCACAGACAUGAGAACAGCAGACAAGAUAGAACUUGGGGAAAGUGAUUUGAAGAUGAUGCUGAAGAAGCACCAUGAGAAACGGAAACGUCAGCCUGACCACCCUGAUCUAGUCACCACAGACCUGACGCUUGAGGACAUCAUGUCUCGGGUGAAUGCUGGCAGGAAAGGCUCCUUAGCAGCUUUAUUCGACCUUGCAACCCUCAAGAAAAAGGUGAAGGAAAAGGAAGAUAAGAAGAAAAAGAAGCUGAAGGUUAUUAAAUCCGAGGUGGAAGAUUUGGCUGACUCUCUUGGCAAUGCAGAUGGAAUCACAUCAAUGUCUCGGGAUCAUUCUCCCCUCCCUCUGUCAUCUGUCAAAGAUGAGCCUCUGGAAGACAUGAAGCCAUGCCUUGGGAUAAAUGAAAUCUCAUCCAGCUUCUUUUUCCUUCUCCUGGAGAUCCUGUUUCUGGAAGGACCUGCUACUCUCUCGGUGCUUGAAGAUAAAGUCCUUGACUGGCAAUCUUCUCCUGCCAGUGCACUGAACAACUGGUUCUCCUUUGCCCCUAACUGGUCUGAACUGGUUUUACCUGCUUUGCAGUACUUGACAGGUGACAGCAGAGAUGCUCCUUCCAGCUUCUCACCUUUUGUUGAAUUCAAGGAAAAAACUCAGCAGUGGAAAUUGCUUGGUACUUGCCAAGAUCAUGAGAAGGAAUUGGCAUCACUGUUUCAGCUCUGGUUGGAGACCAAAGACCAUACCUUUUUCAAAGAGAAUGAUGACAGCUCAGAUUCCAUGCCAAUGCCCAGAGUAAGGACUGACUAUGUAGUUCGGCCUAGCACUGGGGAGGAGAAACGUGUGUUCCAGGAGCAGGAGCGUUACCGGUACAGUCAGCCCCACAAGGCCUUCACCUUCCGCAUGCACGGCUUCGAGUCGGUGGUGGGCCCUGUCAAGGGUGUGUUUGACAAGGAAACCUCCCUCAACAAGGCCAGAGAGCAUUCUCUGCUGCGCUCAGACAGACCUGCAUACGUCACCAUCUUGUCCCUUGUCCGUGACGCUGCCGCUCGCCUGCCUAACGGAGAGGGAACUCGUGCUGAAAUCUGUGAGCUGCUCAAGGAUUCCCAGUUCCUAGCUCCUGAUGUCACCAGUGCUCAGGUGAACACUGUUGUUAGUGGUGCUCUGGAUCGAUUGCACUAUGAGAAGGAUCCCUGUGUGAAAUACGACAUCGGGCGCAAGCUCUGGAUCUACCUGCACAGGGACAGGAGUGAGGAGGAGUUUGAACGGAUCCACCAGGCUCAGGCUGCUGCAGCAAAGGCCAAGAAAGCUCUUCAGCAGAAGCCAAAACCUCCAGCUAAAAUGAAGUCAAGUAGCAAGGAGAGUGCAGCAAAAGCUCCCCCCAGCAGCACAGCAGAGCCCAGUCAGCUGAGCCUCAGUGACUCCAGCAUGCCACCAACCCCCGUGACUCCUGUGACACCGACUGCACCAGCACUGCCAGCAACACCCAUCUCACCCCCUCCAGUGUCUGUGGUCAGCAAGAGUGUAUCCAGUGCUGGGUCAGAGCCAGCAAAGCCCAGCCAGAGUGUUCUCCUGGUAUCAUCCCCCACCAUGCCUCAGCUGGGGACAUUGCUCUCCACGGCGCAGAGCUCGCAGGCCCAGCCCGGGACGGCGCCCACCCCGCGCGUGGUCAGCCACAGCAGCUCCUCGGGGCUGCCCCAGGUGAGGGUGGUCACUGCCCAGCCCAGCCUCCCUGCCGUGCCCCAGCAGGCCCCAGUGGCCACCCAGCAGCAGCAGCAACCCACAGCAGUGCCUCAGAUCCGUGUUCCAGCCACGGCCACGCAAACCAAAGUGCUCCCCCAGGCUGUGAUGACUCUGCCAGUGAAAGCUCAAACCAGCCCUGUGCAGGUGCAAAGAGCAGGAAGCUCCGUGGCAGGACAGGCAGGUAUCACUGUGACAGGGCUGUCUGCAGCACCCAGUCCUGCUGUGAAGCCAGUGACCAGCUCUCCAGGCAGUUCUGCUGCAAGCACCUCCUCCACCACUGUCAUCCAGAACGUAGCGGGGCAGAACAUCAUCAAGCAGGUGGCUAUUACAGGACAACUUGGCAUGAAGGCCCAGACUGGCAGUGGGAUCCCCCUCACAGCAACCAACUUUCGGAUCCAGGGGAAGGACGUGCUGCGCCUGCCGCCGUCGUCCAUCACCACGGACGCCAAGGGGCAGACCGUGCUGCGCAUCACCCCGGACAUGAUGGCCACCCUGGCCAAGUCCCAAGUCACUACUGUCAAACUGACUCAGGACCUCUUCACAGCAGCUGCAGGAAGCAGUGCUGGAGGGAAAAGCAUCUCUGCCACUUUGCACGUGACAUCCAAUCCUGUCCAGGCUGCUGAUUCUCCAGCCAAGACUAGCACGGCCACUUCUGCUUCUUCCAGCCCAGCUGGAAGCACAGUGGUCAAAGUGACUCCUGACUUAAAGACUGCAGAGCCAACGAGCUCUGCCUUCCGCCUGAUGCCUGCUCUGGGCAUGACUGUGGCAGAUCAGAAGAGCAAAACCAUAACUACAGUGGCAUCCACUGAGGCCAAGCCAGCUGCUACCAUCAGGAUCGUGCAGGGGCUGGGGGUGAUGCCCCCCAAAGCUGGGCAAACCAUCACUGUAGCUACUCAUCCUAAGCAGGUGCCCUCGUCUUCAGCAGUGAGUGUGGCUGGCACAGCCCACACCUCAGCUGUCUCCUUGCCCACUGUGAGUGCCACAGUGUCCAAAGCAGUUGCUGUGGCCUCGGGGGCUGCAGGGACCCCGAUAACCAUCGGCACAGGAGUGCCUGUCAGCACCACCGUGGUGUCCACGUCCCAGGCAGGCAAGCUCCCAGCACGGAUCACGGUGCCUCUGUCGGUGAUCAGUCAGCCAGUGAAGGGCAAGAGUGUGGUCACUGCCCCCAUCAUCAAGGGCAACCUCGGGGCCAACAUCAGUGGAUUAGGUAGAAAUAUCAUCCUGACUACGAUGCCAGCAGGGACUAAACUGAUUGCUGGGAACAAGCCAGUGAGUUUUCUGACUGCACAGCAACUGCAGCAGCUGCAGCAGCAAGGCCAGGCCACGCAGGUGCGAAUUCAGACAGUUCCAGCCUCCCACCUCCAGCAGGGAACAGUCUCUGGCUCUACUAAAGCAGUGUCCACUGUGGUUGUGACAACAGCUCCAUCUCCAAAGCAGACCCAGGAUCAGCUAUGAACACUGGUUUGACCAUGGACUGCUUUCUAAGGACUCCCCUGAGCCUGUUGUCAUCCUCCAUCCAACCAACCACCCAGGGCUGCCUGACCACAGCCACAGCCAGGGCCUGGA